CUCUUUGGUGAGAGAAAGAAAGAGCGCAGAGAAAAGAUGACGAUUAACCAAAAAAGAAAAAAAAAACUGACUGGCCCUGUUUCUGGUCGAUGAUGAAAAUGGAAUAAGAAGGAUCGUUGUCGUUUAUUUAAACCAUCAGUUGAAUUUUGUUUGCCAUUACGAACGGUCGGUCAUUCAUCGGGAUCGUUGAUUAUAUUUUGAAUUUUAACUUUGAAAAAAUUUUUAUUUUCACCCACAACAAAGUUAUUCUCAUCUCAUUUCUUAAAUUAUUUUACAACAAAAUUCGUUAAUUCAACAACGAAAAAAAAAUGAAACUUUUGAAAAAAAUUCGUCGUAUAGCUUCACAAAAAAAUCUUUCAUGUACAACACAACAACAAAUUGCCACGAAUAACCUGACACCGAUUGGUUUCCAUUCAGUACAUGGUGAGAAUAUUCGUAUUACAGGAAAUGGAAUGAUUGCCGAACGUGUUGGUAGCUAUUGUCGUGGUAUCUGUUUCAGUAAUCGUCCUGUACGUUAUAAUGAACAUAUCUCUAUACGUAUUGUGGAAAUGUCUGAUUUUUGGAGCGGUGUAUUACGAUUUGGUUUCACAACAAAAGAUCCUUCUACAUUAAGAAAUUCAUUGCCUAAAUAUGCUUGUCCAAAUCUUACAAAUUGUGGUCAUACAUUUGCAAAAGCAUUACCAGAAAGAUAUUCACAUAAAAAUUGUAUAUUAUCAUUCUAUCUAUCAACAAACGGAAAUGUUCAUUAUAGUAUAAAUAAUGUUGACAAGGGUAUUAUACUUGAAAAUGUUAAAAUUAAUAAUGGACCAUUCUGGGCCGUCAUCGAUCUUUAUGGUAAUACACAGAAAAUUGAACUAAUUGAUCCACGAUAUCAGCCAAAUAAUAGCUGUAAUAAAAACAUGUACAUUGAACCUGAACGUUUGUACACAUCCGUUUCAAUGAUGGAUUUACCGAAUGAAAUGUCACAUGAACCAUCACCACAAAUUUAUUCAAAUAAAUUUCUUGAACAAUCAAUUCAAUUCCAUAGAACUCGUGGCUGUAAUGUACGGCUUUCAAGUAAUAAAUGUGUUGCUGAACGCAAUAGUAAUCAUUAUUCACAAGGCUAUGUAUUCACACAACGACCAUUAGCUAUUGGUGAAAAGAUUGUAUUACAAAUUUUGCGUACAGAUGAAAUGUUUACUGGAAGUUUAGCAUUCGGUCUUACAUCAUGUAAUCCGAAUUUUUUGAAUGUUGCUGAUUUACCUGAAGAUUCACAUCAUUUAUUGGAUCGUCCAGAAUAUUGGACUGUAAUUAAAGAUGUUGCCAAUUCACCGAUGGCUGGUGAUGAAAUUGCAUUCACCAUAACUGAAUCUGGUGAAGUUAUAAUGACGAAAAAUCGUCAACGUCCAAUCACAUUGAUGCAUGUUGACAUAAGCCAAAAUUUAUGGGGUUUUUUCGACCUAUACGGCAGUACGAUCAAAGUUCGAUUACUUGGUUCACAAACAAUAAAUCAUCAUAAAUCACAAAUGAAUCUUGCCAACCAUCAUUCCAUACAAUCAAAUCGACCAUUAAUGAAUGCCAUAUCAAUGUAUAAUGUUUAUAAAUCCUCACAAAUGGAAUAUUCUAUAGCAUUAAAUCAUAAUCAUAAUCAUAAUCAUCAUCAUCAUAACCAACAUCAAUCAUAUCAUACAAAACAGAAACCAACCAUAAUGACAACACAACAACAACAACAACAAAACUGGCCAUACGUUACAUAUCCGACAAUACAACGAGAAAAUAAAGCAAAUGCAAACAAAAAAGCAUAUCAUCAACAUAAUUAUAAUUAUAAAAAUAAUGAUUAUCAUCAUGUUGAUGGUAAAUUGUAUAAUCAAAUUUCAAAAAGUUUAACAAAUUCAACAUCAUUAUCAUCAUCAUCAUCAUCAUCAACAACAUCAUCGCCAUCAACAACAUUCGGUAAUGAAUGUGUUGUUUGUUAUGAAGAACCAAUCAACAGUGUAUUCUAUACAUGUGGACAUGUUUGUAUGUGUUUUAAAUGUUCGGUAAAACAAUGGCAAACAUCUGGCCAUUGUCCUAUUUGUCGUGCAAAGAUUGUCGAUGUUAUACGAACAUACUGGUCAUAAUUAAUUAUCAUCAUCAUCAUCAUCAUAAUGAAUAAUGGGCAAUUUUUUUUUAUCAUAAACUAUUUAUAUAUGAAAUUUUUCUUUUUCAAAUGUCAUAAUUAUAAUUUUUCUUUUUUUUUCCAUAUCGAUGUGUAAAAAACUAGUCAUUGUAAAAGUAAAAAAAAAAAAAAAAAAAGUUAUCACCAUCAUUUUUUUCAAAU